GGGGGGGGGGGGGGGGGGAGUCUGGGUCUAUAACACCGGUCUUCUUUAGUCGUGUUUAGAAGAAGAUUGGUAAAAUCUCUCGGUUGAAAUAUUUCAAAAAAAAAAUUUGUAUUUUUUUUUAGAUUCACUAAUAUUUAGGAAAUAUUUCUUCUUAGAUUUGUUUUGCACAUUAAAAAGGGCCGGAUGAAUCAUAGAGAUGUGUGGGUUCGAACGUCGGGUGCUUGUGGUAUAUGUUGAAGCCCAUACUUUGAUGCCAUAUUGAAUGCAAAAUAUAUUAGAACUUGCUCGUCUUUGUGAUCGAUCUAAAUAAGUAUUGUUGUUGAGCCGUCGCUGCCAUGCUUAUCAACGUCAAUGUGUUGGACCGCAUUUUCCUCGAGGCCAAAUUCAAGCUUUUCUAGAAACAAAUGCAUGUUAGAAUUAAAUGUAGGUGGAUAUGAUGUAUUUCUUAAUCACUUGUACAGAAAAUGGGAAAUCUAUCUUCCUUGUGAAACAUCCCGAUAUCUAUUAAAAUAUUUAUUUAUCGAGCGAAUUCAUGAGUUUCUAUAAAUUAAUAUAUAAGAUAGAUAAACGCUAUCAUUUUUUUCAUUACAUGUUAUUUUCAAUCGUCUGUAUUUAUUUAUUUUUUAUUUUUUUUUUACAAGUUACGAUGUAGCUCUGGCUCCAAUGAUUAUACAUGUUAGUCACGUGAUUUGGUCUUCAUCAGCUGAAAAAAUUUUGACAUUGAAAUUACUCUUUUAUUUCAUUGUGCGAUUUUCAUUACACAGCAGACCCCCCUCCCCCUUUUUUAAAAUUAUGGAUAGAAUCAAACGUCGCAAAAUGAAAUUUCUUUUCAAGCAAACAAUUUUUCAUUUUAUGGCUUUAAAAAAGAAAAAUCAGACAAGAUGUCAUCAGUAUACAAGUCCUCUCAUCGCAAGUGUUCAAACAUGAAUCAUAUCAGAGAAGAACUACAGGCAUAUGGAAACCGUCCGUUGGAGUGUCUUCCCUGCUCAAAUCAGCUGUUUCGGGUCCAUUAUACCUUUGAUUUUGCCCAGCAGUUGACCCUCCCCCAUCAUUCCAGACAAGAGGGUCCAUUAUAUUUCACCUCACCGAGAAAGGUUCAGUUGUUUGGUGUUUGCAUGGAAGGGGUGGCAGAGCAGUAUAACUAUCUCAUAGACGAAAACUGUACAAUCGGCAUGGAUGGUUCACAAUCUCAUGGCCCUAACAGUGUUAUAUCCAUGCUACAUCAUGCAUUUCAGGAAUAUGGACUCGGGGAGAUGGCAUGUCAUAUACAUUGCGAUAACUGUGCAGGUCAGAACAAGAAUAGGUAUGUAAUGGCGUAUUUUUGUUGGCGCAUUCUGGUUGGACUGCAUAGAGAAGUGACCAUUAGAUUUCAGAUUCCCGGCCAUACAAAAUGUCUAGUGGAUGCUGGAUUCUCCUACAUUAAGAAACUCUAUCGACGGUAAUAGUUUGAAUCGUUUAUCAUGUCAUCGGUCAGUUUUAUAUUCUGUUUUUAUCAAAUAAGUUUAUUCUUUGAUUGAAUUAAUUUGCAAUUUAGGACAGACAAUGACUCCUUUUCCGAUCUGGUAAGAACAGUACAAAAGUCUGCCACAACCAAUCGAGUGGUCGUUGUUGACGAAAGGUUUUUGUGGCGGGAUUGGAAAACGUUUCUUGCAGAAGAUUUUUGUCCUCUAACGGGCAUUCGGAAAUACCACUACUUCCGUUUCAGUGCCAUGAAUCCAGGUGUUGUAUUUGUCAAGGAAACCUCUGUAGAUGACGAAA